AUGACUUCAUCUCGGGCGUUGCAAGACUUUCAGAUCGAAGAGUUUUUGGAGGAAGAAUCGGAAACUGUCGAUGCUUGUAGUGAAGAAGAGGAUAACUUAAGUGUAGAUGACGUGCAAAGUGACUACGAGCAUGAUUUGAUAAAUGACUUUAUUUUAGAAGAGGUUGCAGAGGUAAGUGAAAUUCUCUUACAACACAUCGUCCUCCAACUUCGACGUCAGAUCGAAUAA